AAAAAAACAUUAAAUAUUUAAAUCAUAAUUAUAUAACUGAUUAUCAAUAAUUAAUGUAUAAUUAAACCUUAUUAAUGAAGCAUGAAAAGUAACUAUACUUGAUAAAAUGUAACAAAUAGUUAUGCUAUAACUUCAGAUUUAAAAUCAAAUCAUAUGCGGACAAUAACAAUAAACACUCAGAUAAAUACCAAUGAAAAUAACUUUCCAUUAACUUCAAAUUGAUUACAACAGAUAUGUACGAACAUUUCUGAAAGAUUUAAAUAUAGUACCUUUACCAUGUACUUUAAAUUUUGCACGAACUAUCUCAUGUUCAAACCAUGGAAAUAAGAAGAAAAGCUGUAGACAGACGAGUUUAUACUAUCAGUUCUACUGCCAAAUACUUCCGUCGAUUUCUAUACGGACUUAUCGGUGUAGUUCUGUCUGCCUAUAUAGUUCUCUUCAUAGUCGUAGUGUCAAGGCACAUCGAUCAGAGUGCCCAAAAUGAGGUGAAAAAAGCUCUCACUGAAGAAUCCAGAGAAAGGACGAAGGUCUUAAGACCAGUUGGACUAGUGGGUGGACUUGGUCCAAGCUUAUUGGGAAUGGACAGAUUCCAAGAACGGUGGGCUGCUGUGGCCAGAGUUCUUAACACAAAUGAUGGAAGAGCACCUCGUGUCCGAAGAAGACUACAUAUUUGUCUUCAGCCAAGGUUCCGUAAUCCUCCUGGACCCAUGAUUGCUUUGGCCUCCUUUCCUGGAUCGGGGAAUACUUGGGUUCGAUUCCUGGUACAACAGGCUACAGGUGAGAUUAACUUUGUAUUUAGAACUAACGGUUUUUUUGAACUGUUGCUUAAAAACUUUUUUUCAGCAUGGGUGAACUUUGUUCAAACUCAUUCGCGGCUUUGGAUGGAGAGUGUUUUAGAUUGGCUUCAAUUCCAAGGUCCUCUUAUGGUACUGAGAUACGAAACCAUCAUCGAUGAGCUACCGAGCCAACUCAUUCACUUGCUGAAGUUCUUGGACACGAAUGUCUCUUGGAAUGCCUUCCAGUGUGUGCUCCGUAACCGUGACGGCAUCUUCCGCAGGGCCAGGAAACAACUAAACUUUGAUCUCUUUGACGACUCUCUGAAGAAGAUAGUUGAGGGUUACAAGAAAAUAGUAGAAAUGGCGCUUUAUUACCACGAACAGGGUAUCAAGUUCGAUAUUAGUAAUACAACACUUUCUCAAGAUGCUGAUGAUGGUUUGUCCAAUGUAUCAGUACUUCCAGUUACUUACGUUGAUAAGGAUCAAAAUAUUAUUUCUUGAUACAGAGCUCUCAUCUCUUACUUUAGUCGUUUAUUUAUUUUCUGAAUACAUGUGAUUUUUGUGAAUGAUCUCAAUCAUUGUGCUGAUAUGUUUGUGUACGUUGAACAGUAGAUGAUAGAAGAUGUAUAGAACAAAGCGUUUCUGGAAGAAUCUUUUGUUUUUCUGAGAAGCGAAAUUCAUCUAAUUUACGAGAACGGAUAAUUAGAAUGAAUUAAGCUGUUUAUGGUAAUAUAGCUAUAAACAGAAAUGUUCUCUAAGAAUAUCUGUGUUAUUCUGAUUUGUUGUAUAAAAUAGGGUAAUCUCUAAUCAUAAUCCAUUGGAAUGUAUUUAAGGCUGCUGUGUUGUCUUUUAAGAAAACUCUGCAUUCAUAUUUUCCAUAAUAUGUUACAUUUAGCUAUAAAAGUUUGAGCAACUUACAAGUUUCAGUUGUUGAAUGAGUUGCAGUCUUUAUAAAAAUGUCCUAAUGUUGGCGAAAUAACAUAGUUUUUUUCGUUUAUCGUAAGUUAAGAAACUAACAAAAUUUAUGAUCAGCAUUGGGUUAUCUAAGUCGGUUAAUAUUUUAUGCGAAAACAACAUUCAUGACAUGAAAAAAAAUUGCCGAAAAACGCAGUACAUAUUACCUGACAAAGUUCACUGUUAGAAGAGUUUAGAACCAUAAUAGUGUCAAAAUUAGCUGAAUAUGGUACGAAAUUGAACAAUACUAACGUACUUUCUUAACUUGAUUAACGAUAAAAUGGUUUAAUUUAGUGCCCUAUUGAGAUUCCACAAAAUUUGUGCCGAAUUGUGGUACAAGGUACUAAUAUUAUGGUUCAAAAUAAAAUAGAUUUUUUUGAAAAUAUAUGGUAAAAAGAAAUGCUUCUUAAAAUUAGCAAGAUAAUAACUUUUACACGGAAAUGUCAUUUUUUUACUGAAUAUUAUCAAAUUUUAGUAAUAUAAUAAAGAAACUAAAUGUGUUUUAAAUGUUUAAUAUAUUUCUGUUUUAUUUUUAAUAUUCUGUUUGUUUUUAAUGCACCUGUUGGUUUUAAUAUUCUUGUUUCUUUUCUCUUAACGUUCUUGAUUUUUCAUUCCAUUAUCUGUCGUAAGAAUUGUGUCAGCUCUUUAAAAAGUCAAUUUAAACAACUUUCAAGCCUGAUUUAUUUGGAUAAGCAUGAAAAUUUGCAUAUUUAGCCCUUUUGAGCAUGUAACUCUUAAUAUUGUCUUAUUGGGUUCAGAAAUUCGACAUCUAUUACUUCUCCCGCAAUAUCCUGUUUCAACCAGAUAAUGAUUGGAAUUAGAGACAAAACUUCCCAUAAAAUAAAACUCUUCAAUUAGCGUACCAUGCUUAUAAAUGAUAAUGAAAUAAAAGGUCAUACUUUAAAAAUAAAAUUAGACAAAUAACUAAGUGACAAUGAAAUAUUGGAAAACGCAAUUUCUCACCAAUAGCAUCCCAAGAUUAUUCAGAAAUCUUCUCAUCCCAAUUUCACCCCUGACCCCAUUUUCGAAAUCGUUUUCUCAUUUUCAGUUUUAAACUUUUGUUUGCGAAAAAAGAAAAUAAGGAUAUCAAAUGACUUUUUAGGUUGCAUAUUAUUCAACAUUAAUUGCUUAUAAGUUGUGUAAAAAUCCGGCUCUUAAUAUCACCUCCGGUUGUAGAUUAUUCAGAAUUCUUCUUAUCCUAAUUUCACCUUGCCCCAUUUUCGGAAUAGUUUCCUCAUUUUCAAUUUUUAAUUUUCGUUUUUUGAAGAAAAAAAAGAAAUAAAUAAAGGCAUAUAUCAACCUACUUUUUAGGUCACAAAUUAUUCAACUAUUGCUCAUAAGUUGUGGAAAAUUCCGAUUGUUAGUAACCUUAUAAAAAAUAUGAAUGCGGAGAUUCUCUUCACUUUAAAAGGACGCUAUUUCGCAGGGGGAAAAAACCCUAUAUAACAAAUUCUGUUUAACGUAUACAUUAACAAUUUAAAAUUUAGGAAAAUUUAACCUUGUAAAAAAUAUGAAUAAACCUUAAAAUAAACCAUAAAGUUACAAAUUCUGAGAAAAUUUUUUCAAAAUAUUAAAAUGUGGACAAAUUACUGCAAGAUUACUUUCUCACUGCGUAAUCCUGACAUAACAAGUUACAUUUUUUCAGCUUUUGAUACAUCAUGGUUUGCUCUAAGUUCACCUAAGGCUCCUCUAAAUUAGAGACUCUAGGUUCACCGAAGUUCACUUUUCGAGAAAAGGGAGUUCAUACAAACCUUAAAGUAAACCUUGAAGUUUAAAAUUCUGAAAAAAGGCUUUCAAAAUAUUCGAAUACAAAUUUUAGCCAUUGCAGGAUCACUUUCUCACUGCGUAAUCCCGCCAUGAUUUGUUUGUAUUUUUAAUACAGUCUAACUUCUAUUUAACGAACUUCCCUUUUACGAAUUUCUCUAUUUUGCGAAU